ACAGUUUAUCAAAAAGUCCCAAGUCAGUCAGCCUCGACGACGACGUUUACCCUCAUCGUCCCGGAGCGGAUCUCUUCCUCAUAUGUGUGAUCGAUCGGUAGGAUCUGCAAGAGCUCCUUACCCAGAAAAAAGGAGCAAUACGCUAUCCAAUCUAUAUGGCUUCAACGAGCAGACCGAAUCAUAUCGAAGAAGAUGAUGAUGAUAUGGAAGAAGAGGUGCAACAUUUCGAUGAUUUUACUCUUGCUUCUUCCUGGGAAAGGUUCAUCUCAGAUAUCGAAGCAACUUGUCGCCAGUGGCUAGCCGAUGGUCCCAAAAACCUGGUGGAAAAGGGAGCCGUUGCAAUUGAAGAUUCGAAGAGUCUGUUUAAGGUCAAAUACGACCUGAAAAAUGUCACAAAGAGCUACUGUAUGGAGUUCUACUUCCAAAUUGACGAUAAUGGUACUGGUAGCCAACAAGAGGGAAUUGGCAAUUGGAACAGUAGUUCACAUGAUCUCCAACUUUGCUUUGGGGUGAAGGAUUUUCUGUUGAUUGCUCCACAAAGUGCCAGUGGGGUGCUUCUUGAUACACCAGAGUCCAGCAAGCUUCUCAGUUCGGUUGCUAUUGCUUUGUCUAACUGUGCCAGCUUGUGGCCAGCCUUCGUCCCUGUGCAUGACCCUUCCCGGAACGCAUAUAUUGGAAUCCAGAAUAUGGGCACUGUUUUUACUAGAAGAUUUGAAGCAGAUCGCAUUGGUAGUCAAGUCCCUGUGAAACUCAUGCACCUAGAAGGACUAUAUGAGUUGUUUGUUUCUAAGUUUGUUUAUUCUGGAGUGGACUUCUCAAUGCAUACUUUCAAAGUUCAUUUUAUGAUGAGGCUAACAUACGAAACCUUCACAUCUGACGAGGAUGAUGAGAACAGUGAUAUGGAUGAAUUUAUGGGUGACAAAGCUGACACUGCAGAACACCAUGGCUCUGAGUCACGCAACAAGGUGCACUGGGAUGAUGAUUGUCCUUGGAGUGAGUGGUACUCUGCUGAAGAUCCACUUAGAGGAUUUGAAUUGGUGGUCACAUGGGCUGACAGGACUGUAGAAAAUACACUUGAGAUGGCUGAACUUGAAAAUGCUUCACCUCAUGAAGCUGAGAAGUGGAUUUUACAUCCAGUCCUCUCACCAUAUCUGGGGGAGCCUUCACAUGGGAAAAGAAUUGAUUUUUCUUCCCAGCUACUUUGCUUGGUUGAAGCAUUGGAUACGUCUUUCACAGCUCAGUUUAUGGAGGAUUUCGUGUCAGUGGAAAACUCAAGCACUGAAAGUUUGAAGACCUCAGUGGUCAUACCUCCUCCAACAGUUCUUGAUCGGGUGAUUAAAGAUCUUUUUCAUGAGGGAUCUAAACUCCCAAAUUUUACUAAAGGCGAACACAUGCUUUCUCGAGCUCUUAAGGCUGCACCGCUCGAAUCUCUCUUUACACAAUUUUGUUUGCAUUCUCUAUGGUUUGGCAACUGCAAUAUUCGUGCCACUGCUUUUCUCUGGGUAGAGUUUGUCCGUGAAGUUCGUUGGUGUUGGGAAGAAUCACAGCCGUUGCCAAAAAUACCGAUCGACGGUUCUAUUGAUUUAUCCACUUGUUUGAUCCACCAGAAGUUGCAUCUGCUUGCAAUUUGCAUUGAAAAAAAUCGUGAAAUGAACGAAGAGUUCUUAGACUGUGUAGGAAGUGACGAUAGUUCAGACGCUUCUGUUUCUGUGGAGGAAAAUCACAAGGUCGACAAGAGAAUAAAUAGAUCCUCAAAAGCAGACCUGCAGAGGAAACGUGACAGCUCAGUUACAGAAGAUACAUCUAAUCAACUCAAAUUUGAGAGGAAUGCUGAAAGCAAAAAAUCUGUGAACCAAAUCCGAACAGAUGCCUUCAGGAGGGGUUCAGCUGGACCAGUGGGGACCAUGAUGCUCCUGAAGUCACAUCAGCCACUCCAUGCCCCAUUUACCCAGGAUCCACCUCUUAUGACUGAGGACAUGCACGAAGAGAGACUCCAGGCUGUGGAGGCGUUUGGUGAUUCCCUUAACGUUCCUGGCCAGUUGGAGAAGGACAUCUUACUAUCUGACAUGUCAGCAUUCAAAGCAGCAAACCCAGAUGCUGUGUUCGAGGACUUUAUCAGAUGGCAUUCACCUGGAGAUUGGGAGACCACUGAGCCUGAAGCUGCUGAAGCAUCGGUAGGCUCCAGCACUGAAGGCUCAAAGGAUAAAUGGCCUCCUCAUGGUCGCCUUUCUAAACGGAUGUCUGAUCAAGGAAACCUCUGGAGGAAAAGUUGGAAGGAUGCACCCGCUUUGCAAGCCGAUGACCAAAAGCCCCUCUUAGACCCAAAUCGAGAGGGAGAAAAGAUUCUUCAUUACCUGGAAACAGUGCGGCCUCAUCAGCUCCUCGAGCAAAUGGUCUGCACAGCCUUCAGAGGAGCAGCCGACACUCUUAACCAGACAAACUUCGGGGACAUGAGACAAAUGACCUCUAAACUGGAGCAACUCUACCUCAUCAUCAAAUCUACUUUGGGAGUUCUUCAACGCAACCAUGUUCCAGACAGAGAACAGACCGUUAAAGACCUGAGACGUCUCUGCGUGGCAUUUGAACACGUCGAGAAGUUGGUAACUGUCGCAGCAUCUCUUCACAGAAAGUUCCUUGACGCAUCACGCCUAGCUCAAGUUGUAUUCAGUGACUUCUACGGCAAUUAUGUUCCAAUGAUGGGAAUAAACCCAAAUGAAGAAGAGAACAAAAGCAGGACGCAGGAGAUGCAAGUAGGGAGACAGGAAGUGAGUUUGAGAGAGAGACAAGUGGUGUCGAAUCUGUUCUCGCCACCAUCGGCGAACCAGUCUUGGAGAAAAGUGUUGAGUAUGGGGAAUCUACUAAACGGACACGAACCCAUUCUCAGGGAGAUCAUUUUCUCCACCGGAGAUGACGUCAACAACGGAAUCCAUUAUGCAGCCGCCGCUGACGUGGCGGCCAGCAGUGACCGAAGAGGGGAAGAAAUCGAGACACAUAGAAUGUACGUCUCUGGAACAUCUAACGAUCUCCGAGUUGCACUCUCUGUCACUUCCUGCGAUUGAUUCUUCUUUUCUUCAUUUUGGUUUAAUUUUUAGUUAACACAUUUGUUAUUUAACAGAAAUUUAGCAGAUGAACAUUUUUCAAAUCUUAAGUUGUCAUUGAUGUGUAUUGAUUCAGACAACAAAUAAAAUUAUGCAAUAUAAAUGUAAUUUAAAUAUUUAUAACAUGAAGAAUGGUCCUUUUUCAUUA